AAAUGAAUAGUUUGGUGCUUUGUGUAGUAACAUUGGCGACUUUAAGUAACUGCGUGCAAUGUCCUUCUAGUUUCAAAAAAUGCGAUAAGAGACGAAGCGAUUUCAACCAGUGUUUAAGUGACGUUAUUUAUAACAGUCUUAAACUAUUCGACAAACCUCAACAAUCGCAUGGUUUACCAAAUUUGUAUCAUCUUGAAUUUCCACCAGAUGUGGUUAUUGAAAUAGGGAAUCGUACGUAUGGAUUAUCACAAAAGUAUAACAGAUUCAGAAUUGUUGGUCUUACUAAACCCGAGAGUGUAACAGCCAGGUUAGACUUCGGGCCUGUAAUUAGUACCUUAACAGUUGAAGCUUUUUUCCCACAACUGAUAUUACAGAUGGAAUGUGAAGCUCAAGGUACUAUUGUUCUUUUACCUUUAAAUGUUGUGACCCCUGUGGAUUUUAUAACAGAUAAUUCAAUCUUGUCGGACUCUGAACUUACGUGGGAAUCUGAGCUUGAAACUCGAGGGACUGCAAGCUUUUGAACUUUUUAAACAUUUACAAGUGGUAUUUACACCACAUUUGGGUUCUGUUUUCACCAGUUUCUUGGAGAAUGUACCAGUUGCAGAACUUUUUGACUAAUAGAAAUAUUUGCUUUAAUUUGUUAACAAAUUAGAAAGAAAGUUUAUGAAUUUGGACUGCUUCUGUUCUUAUGUUUUCUCGAAUACCUAAACGUGGAAUUUUUUUCA